AUGGCUCAAAAACCCAGAUGGGGCGAAUUGGAGGAAGAAGCUGAUGGCGGUGAUUAUGACUAUUUGUUGCCGUCGAAACAGAUUACCACCACCACAUGCAUCCGUAAAAUCGCUAAUGCUCGGCUGAGCAAGCGCGCCAUGGAGAGGCGUACUUGGCCUUAUUUCGGUGAUGUCAUUCAAGAGGACGUCGGUGCCAAACUCACCAUGGUUUCUACCGAGGAAAUCAUCUUUGAGCAACCAAGGGCUCCAGGACAUGUGGGAAGAAAGGAGACCAUUGGACCUCAAAUAGCCCUUACAAGGACUUGGCUCAGCAUACCAAGUCCUUCUCUGAGAAUCCAAACCCUUCAGACUCAUCAGCCACGGGUUUUUGAGGCUUCAAGUUUACAAAUAUUUUCUCCGACUGAGUUGGAUUAUUUACUCUGUGGGUGUAGAGAAAUGUGGGAGGCUGAUACACUUGUGGAACACAUAAAAUUCGACCAUGGAUACACAUCCAAGAGCCCUGGAGUAAUUAAUUUGCUUGAGACAAUGAGAGAGUUCAAUCCAGAACAGCAAAGGGCAGUCUGUCAGUUUGUUACUGGUGCACCUCGGCUUCCUCCAGGUGGCUUGGCUGUCCUGAACCCUACGUUGACCAUUGUCAGAAAGUUUUAUCUUGUUUCUGAUAUAGCCAUGAAAGAACUCAUUGCCGUUGCCACCAACAGAGAAGAACACUCCAUGUUGAAGUUGCAAGAAACAGAGAAAUCGAAGCAUCGCUUGUGGUUUAAGUCAGAUUCUGGGACAAAAAGAGUCUUAGGGGUAAAGUUGGUGGAAGAAAGUAAUAUGAAGUCACUUGAUUCAAAUCUUGCAGCAUUAUCAGCAAGAUGCAAUAAGGACUUGGAGUUGAAUUUGGCUAAGUCGUUCUUGAGUGAGAUGGUCCAAUGUACAACUUCUUAUCCAUAUAACAGCCGUUUGGAGCAUUAG